AUGAACGCCGGCCCCUCGGUCGGGCGCUUCCCAAACGCGCACCCCGACUCGCCCCUCCGGCCAGCAUACGCGGCCGACUACAUUGCCCACCUGCGCCGCAUGAUCGACCUGCACGACCUCGGCCGCCUAGACAUCAUGGACUACGACGAGGGCGACCACCUGUGCAGCCUGCUCGAGUCGCUGGACAUCAGCCCCGACGUGCUCAAGGCCGGCGAGGAGGCGCGCCGGGGCGACGCGCGGCGCGCAUACCUCAAGGCACAGUACAAGGCGCAUGCGUACCCCGGCAAGCACAUGGCGGAGGAGGAUGCCGGCGACCCAGAAGACUCGGAGGAGGAACUGGGCUUCGACAUGAUUGAGGAGCGCAUCCUCGCCAGGCACAUUGCGCGGUAUAGCGAGCUGCAGGAGAAGAAGAGGGCUGCGGCUCGCGCUCGUGCUGAAGACGGGUUCAUCAACAAGUCGGCUGCCGCCAACCACACCGCCGCCGAGGUACCUCCUCCUACUCCAGCGCGGCGCAAGAACUUCUUCAAGCGCCUGCUCGACAAGCUCAAGUGA